AUGUCUGACUUAAGAAGAACAAUAACAAAUAACCAACGUAUAAGACUAGAAACAGAACAUUCUGAAGGAAAUAUGUUAAUUCAGGAUUUUCCAAUUAAUGAUAAUGUGGAUGAGAAUAUUGCAAAUAGUUUACCGGUUGACUUAAAUAUUAAUCGUUUACAACGUAAUAAUGGUAGGGAAAGAACAAUUUCUUAUACAAUGAAUGAUAAUCAAACAAUACAAGUUUCUCGAGAUCGUUUACCAUAUCAUAAUCCACCAAGUUUACCUGCAUCAAGAGCUGCUUCCAUUAUUUCAAUAAGAUCAACUACAGAACAAGAAAGACGAGAACACCAUAAUAUGGCCAUACGUUAUAGAUUUUUUAAUCGUCUUGAUCCAGGUGGUUCACGUCUUAUUAUGCCUGAUCACGUCUUACCUGAUCAAUUUUUUUCAAUUUUACCUUUUGAUGAUUUUAGAGAUGAUGGAGGAAAACAAGGAAGUAUUGUUACAAUUUUUUCUAUAUGGAAUACAAUGAUGGGAACAUCUUUAUUAGCUAUGCCAUGGGCUAUUAGUCAAGCUGGAUUAAUUUUGGGAACUUUAUUAAUUCUUGGAAUGGCAGGAUUAGCUUUAUAUACUGCAUAUAGAAUUGUUCAAAGUCCUGAUGGUUUAUUGAUGCCAAUUAAUUCAGGAAAAGCUGAAGUUUCAGAUGUCUGUAGAUAUUUUUGGGGAAAAACUGGUGAAUAUACUUCUGUAUUUUUUUCAAUAAUAACACUUCUUGGUGGUGUACUUGUUUAUUGGGUUUUAAUGUCAAAUUUUUUAUAUUAUACUGUAAAUGUUUUUCAUGAUGCAUUACAACCAAAUUCAACAACUAUUCCAUCAAUGGCUAAUAAGACAUUUAAAUGUGAUGUUUAUUGUCCAAUGGAAUUAUAUCAAGAAAAAGUACAUUAUCCUGAUUUUACUUUUUAUAAUCCAAGAUUUUAUACAAAAGAUGAAUUAUUAAAUGAUGAUGAUAAAUCAUUUUUUUCAUAUGAUAAUUUAUGGUCAUUACAAGGAACAGUACCAGUAAUACUAUUUUUUUUUAUUUUUCCAUUAAUGAAUUUUAAAAGUCCAACAUUUUUUACAAAAUUUAAUAUGCUUGGAACAAUAUCUGUUAUGUAUCUAAUAACAUUUACUGUUAUGAAAGCAUUUGAAUGUGGUAUUAAUGUUGAUUUUUUUAAUAAAGGAUCACAAAAUUAUGCACCAUUAUGGAGAUUACGUUUUCCAGCUUUAACAGGAACAUUAGCAUUAUCAUAUUUUAUUCAUAAUGCUAUAUUAACAAUAUUAAGAAAUCAAAAAAAUCCACAAAAUAAUGCCCGUGAUCUUAGUAUAGGAUAUUCAUUGUCAGCAUUAUGUUACCUAAUUAUUGGAACAAUGUUUUAUAUUGCUUUUCCCACCUAUAGAAAUUGUAUCUCUGAUAAUUUUUUAAAUAAUUUUGGAACAGGUGAUGUUAUGUCAGCAACAGCAAGAUUAUUUUUGUUAUUUCAAAUGAUAACUGUUCUCCCAUUAUUAAUGUAUUUUAUUAGAAGUCAAUUUUUUUACGUUGUAUCUGCUGUAACAACAGCCAUUUUUUAUCCACAUGUUGGAAGUAUUUUACGUUACAUUGGAGCCAUAUCAGGUUUGGUAUAUAUUUUCGCACUUCCAUGUGCCAUUCACCUUAAACGCCUUCAGAUACGGGGAGAACUUAGGAAGAGAGAUAUUAUAAUUCAUGGUCUUAUUGUAUUUUUAGGUAUUCUUAAUUUGGUCGCUCAAUUUUUUGUAUAA